AUGCGAAGCGACCGAGAACGAAUUAGUCAAGGUAUUUCUUGGUCUCACAGAUCAGAGAAUUCAUUCCGAAUAUAUGCAGCGAAAGCGGUCCCAUUGUCGGACGUGAUAAGAAGGGACAACCAAACCAAGUCGUAUGGCCUGAUGCACAAGAAAAGGCGUACAGCGCCCUCAAGUCGGAAAUUACCAGUUCACCGAUCCUCCCAACUGCCCCAUAACACUAAAUCAUCUACACUGAGACAUGGUGCAUCUAACACAGGACUUGGAGCGCUAUUAAUGCAGGAGCGUGGAGGCAAACUUUCCCCA